AUGGCACCCAUUCAUUCGUUCAUCUGCUUCCUGACUCUCGCUUUCAAUUUCGUGCACGCGGCACCGUGGAUCGCAACCGAUAUCUACGAACAAGAUGUCUAUACCCGGGCCUACCUCUCCGAGGCAGUAACUAAUAUCGCUCGAAUUACCCCGACGGCCACACUCCCUGCAGAGGCCUUGUCCACUAUCACUUCCACGGACACUCUUUACAGCUAUACUAUCAUUGAGAAACUUUAUCCUACUGGCUAUGGAGUGGAGCGCUAUAAUGAUUAUGGUUAUUACUCCCUCGACAAAGCGGGUAACUACCACACUACUGUCUAUAAGGUCAACAUGACCUACUCAGCCCCAACUGGCUGCUCUACUCAAUGGACUACUACCUCUGCUGUCGCUGUUAUUCCCCCGACAGAGAUCGCCAAUCUCCUUCCCAGGGAAACCGUCGCAAGCUCUACCUCCAUCGACAAUUCGCAACCCUUCCAACCAACCACCUAUCUCUACGACGUCGUCUACGUCGACCCAACCCAAGUCCCCAGCUCGGAACUCAGCUCCUUGAGCUAUUACAAUAAACCAACGGCCAGCUACAAUGGCGCUGGAUGUCAGUACACUGGCAGCGAUGGCUAUUCCAGCGGCUACUACGGUGGCUACUAUGGCUACGGAUAUUACGAUGACGGCGACUGGUUCACCAGUAAAUGGGGAAUGGGCAUCGGCAUCUCAGGUCUCGCCCUGAUCCUAAUCUGCAUCCUCGGCUGGGCCGGUCUUUUCUUCUUCCUGGGCAUGAUCGAGGCCUGGGUCCGAUUCCGUCGCCUCAUGACCGGCUGGCAAACCCGUCGCGGAUUCCCGCUCUUCUGGGCUUUCUCAUGCUUCCCCAUUUCCCUCUUCUUCCUGUUCUGUUUCAGGAAGGGCUUCCGUGCGCGUAGUCGUGAAGAUGCAGAGAUCUUGAAGAAGAGAUGGGAUGAGAUGGGCUUUGGUACUAAGUUGCGUCUUUACUUUGUGUGGGGUUUCCGCUUCAAGUAUCCCACUGUUCUUGGUCCUGCUCCUGCCCGAGUCCAGGGUAGUAAGAGGCCUAAUGAGUCGGGUCCACGCUUGCUGGAGACACCCCCUGGUACUACAGCUCCUUCAAGGGAUGGGUCAGAAAGGGCCCCUGAAAUGACACAACCAGGUGUGCAGGCCACUGGUGGGUUGGCAGAAAAUAGAGAUGCAGAGAUUGGGCAGGCUCGCUGA